GCAACCCUUCGAUCAGUGUGCCCAGACGUGCGAGCUCGGUUGGUAUUUACUGGCGUUGCGGCCGCGGUCAUACCGAGAUUUCAUUGAAAAAGUCGAAAAUAUUGUGUGGGUUUAAAAAACGCAAACGUCGCCGAAACGCGUAGCCCCAAAUGCACACGCCAGGUGCAAGGAUAAAGCCGUGAGGAUCGGGCACCCAAUCGGGUAGAUCGCGUUUGGUUAGCUUGUGGGGGAAAAUCGUACUAAAGUCACCACUACUACUACACACGGGCACCACCAGCAACACCAACAACAACAACGAGAACAGCAGCAGCAACAACAACAACAGCAAGAAGGAGAAGAGCUGAGAAGAGGAAGCAGAGGCAGCGCAGUCAGCAGCGCAGCGGCAGAGAGAAAAGAUGGCGACGAGAGGCAGUGGAACCCGUGUGCAAUCGCAGCCAAAGAUUUUCCCAUCGCUGCUUUCCAAGCUGCACGGCGCCAUCUCGGAAGCCUGCGUCUCGCAGCGUCUGUCCACCGACAAGAAGACGCUGGAGAAGACCUGGAAGCUGAUGGACAAGGUGGUCAAACUGUGCCAGCAGCCGAAGAUGAAUCUUAAGAAUAGUCCACCGUUUAUUUUGGACAUCCUGCCGGAUACGUACCAGCGCCUGAGAUUGAUCUACUCGAAGAACGAGGACCAGAUGCACCUGCUCCAUGCCAACGAGCACUUCAACGUGUUCAUCAACAACCUGAUGCGAAAGUGCAAGCAGGCCAUCAAGCUGUUCAAGGAGGGCAAGGAGAAGAUGUUCGACGAGAACUCCCACUACCGCCGCAAUCUCACCAAGCUCAGCCUGGUCUUCUCCCACAUGCUCAGCGAACUGAAGGCCAUAUUUCCCAACGGUGUCUUUGCCGGGGAUCAAUUUCGGAUCACCAAGGCGGAUGCGGCUGACUUUUGGAAGAGCAAUUUCGGUAACAGCACAUUGGUUCCCUGGAAGAUCUUCCGGCAGGAGCUGAACAAAGUACACCCCAUAAUCUCCGGCCUGGAGGCCAUGGCCCUAAAGACCACUAUCGAUCUUACCUGCAACGACUUCAUUUCCAACUUCGAGUUCGACGUCUUCACACGCCUCUUUCAGCCUUGGGUGACCCUGCUACGCAACUGGCAGAUUCUGGCCGUCACACAUCCGGGCUACGUGGCGUUUCUCACAUACGACGAGGUGAAGGCUCGCCUACAGCGCUACAUCCUCAAGGCGGGCAGCUACGUUUUCCGGCUCUCCUGCACACGAUUGGGCCAAUGGGCCAUCGGCUACGUAACUGCCGAGGGAGAGAUUCUGCAGACAAUCCCUCAGAACAAGUCGCUGUGCCAGGCGCUGCUCGAUGGCCAUCGAGAGGGCUUCUACUUGUACCCAGAUGGCCAAGCGUACAAUCCGGAUCUGUCGUCUGCCGUUCAAAGUCCCACCGAGGACCACAUAACCGUCACCCAAGAGCAAUACGAACUUUACUGUGAAAUGGGCAGCACCUUUCAGCUGUGCAAAAUCUGUGCGGAGAACGACAAAGAUAUCCGCAUCGAGCCAUGUGGCCACUUGUUGUGCACUCCCUGCCUCACCUCCUGGCAAGUGGAUUCUGAGGGACAGGGCUGCCCCUUCUGUCGGGCCGAAAUCAAGGGCACCGAACAGAUCGUUGUGGACGCUUUCGAUCCGCGCAAGCAACACAACCGGAACGUCACCAAUGGGCGACAGCAGCAGCAGGAAGAAGACGACACUGAGGACAUUGGCGACUUCAACAUAGCCACGUCAUCGCUGCACGCACUCAGCACCUCGUCCACGGUGGCGGCUGAGAAGCACAGUCCACACACGUCGCCACGCUUGGGACGCCGGAGCACUACGCCCAGCUUGAUGGCCGUGCAGAACGAUCUCUAUGCCGGCGGCACGCCCACCCUCAGCCUGCCUAGCAGCUCGUGCUCCUCGAUCGCCGCCGCCUCCACAUCCUCCUCCUCCUCUUUAGCAUCGGUGGCAACUGUGGCAGCCUCAGCAUCCUCCUCCCAGCACCAGCAACCGCAGCCCUCGGCUCCUCCUGCUUCGGCGGUGCUCAGCAAUGGAGGUGGUGGUGGUGGUGGCGUUGGUGGGGCCAGUUCCAGUCAGAAGAACACUAACCGGAUGAGUGCACCGCUUAUUGGCUCCUGUGUUGCCAACUCCACGUAUGGCCAGAAAUUGCCGCAGAACUGCAGCCACAGCAGCACCAGCAGCAGCAGCGACAAUGCCUCCAGCUCGAGUUCUUAUGCCAUCUUGCAGAAUCUCCAUGAUACGGGUACACCAGCAACGGCGGCAGCUGUGGUGGCUCCUCCCCUGCCACCCCGAAAGUCCUCACCUGGCGUGGAGACACCGAGCAAGGCCACGGCACCACCACCACCCAGCAGCAGCAAGAGUAUCGACAACAUUCAGUGCAGCUUGGACAAUGUGCCGCCGCAGACGACAGCUCCACCAAUUCCACCACAUGUCUCGCCGAGCGUGGACACCUUGGCCGAAGAUUUGAUGCGACAGCAGCUCAUAGCAACAAGUACCACAUCGCCGGUGCUCUCUCUCUUGGAUGAGGACAUCGUUGAGGUGGGUCCGGCGGAAACUAUAAGUGGGGUGAUCGAUACACGCCCGAUGGAGGCGCGCGGCGUGACCUUGAGCCGGCAGGACUCGGCAUCCUCCCACUACACGCAACUGUGCACCACCAGCAGUGGUGGCUCCGCUGCAGCACUGGUCAACGGAAAGAAGGCCAACUCGGCCAAGCAGAGCCAAGCGACAACGACGACAUCGGCGGCGGCGGCGGGCAAUGGGUCCAAUCCUGGCCAGCAAUCGCAGCCGCUGCUCUAUGCGAACGUGACGAUCAAUCAAAAAGACUGCGGCACCGUGCCCUACGAAAACAUUAACCUGGAGUACAUUGCCCGGCUGAUGAACGCGGGCUACUCCAAGGAGAACGCGAUCACCGCCCUAGGGAUUUCGCGCAACAACAUCGAGAUGGCCGGCGACAUCCUGCGCGAGUUUGUCUCCAAGAACAGCGCCUGAAGUGCCCAGCCGUCGGAUUGUUAAAUCGGAUGAUAGUCCUUAACCGAAAAAACAAAACAAAAUGAAAACAAUCACCAGUCGAACUUCUCUAGCUCAAACAUUUGAAUAUUGUUAUGAUAAUUAGGUUGUUUAACUUGCGAAAUUCAUAAAAUUAGAAUUUUAUAAUCGGUGAAAUUGUUUUCUAUUAAUGUAGUAAGUUUCUUUUAUUCGUGUUAAUCUAAAAUUACUUUUUAAUUUAUAUGUAGGCCAACAUUAAGAAACUAUGCAUAUGCUUUGUGUUUGUAGCAAACCCAAUUAGUUUUAAUGAUUUGAAUUAUGAUAAAAGUGAACAAGAAAUUUGUAUUAUUAAUUCCCAGAUUGUAGCGAACCCAUCGUUAAACGCUAGUGUUACUAAAUUAAAAACACAAAACCAAGUUGGAGAAGUUCGACCGUAAGGAAAAUACAAAAAAUUCGCAUUAGAAUCUAAAAGCAUGGUAAAUAUUUUCGAUUUAGGAGCACCAAACUCACACCUGUCCCACAAUUAGGCCAAGGACAUUCGAAUUAUUCUAGUGUCUUUGAUUAGGCUGGGCUAUGCGAUCCCAGGAGAUUGAGUCCUUGGAAUUCCCCACUUGGCGUAGCCAGCACAAGCAAUUCACGUUUCCCCGUUCGAAAAUUUAAUAACAAAAAAAGAGAUUAAAAUAUUGCCAGUAAGGCGGAGAUGAAAUUUAAGCACAACCCUUGGAUAUCAAAUAUAGCUAUGUACACUUAAAUUAAGACUAUCUAACUUCUUCCUAUUAAGAGCAAACAAAUAUAUAAGAAAUUAUAACUCGUA